CAUAGAUCUCCUGUUAUCACAUUAUUGUAACCAAGAAGGUAAUGUCCUUUGUACUAUAAAAUAUGCCAGUGACCGAGACAAGCUUUAUCAGUUACAGCAUUAGAAGGGGGCAGAUAAACAUUAAUGGAAUGCUGAUUCGCUAAACAUACUAUCAGAUAACAGUAAGGGAAUUGUUAGCCGGAAAAGAAUUUCAUUUAAUAAGUGGGACAUCUCUGAGCAUGGACUUUGAUAAUAUGAAUAAAUUAGUAUAAUGUGGAAAAUACAGCUACUGAUUUGUGCAUUGUGAGCUCUUUAGCCCUGGACUGAAACCUAGACCUUCAGUGCCCCUGCACUCACACACGGAAUACUUUUCUGUGUAUUGACUCUGUCUGCUGUUUCCCAGUUUAGCUUACUACAAGUGCUAUCUAAUACCUUCUUAAAAAGAAAUUGCUGGAACGCUGGGCAGGUAACAAAUCUCAGUAAAUAGAAUGGGGAUGGUAAAAGUGAUCGUCUUCUCCUUGUGGCUGCACCAUGCACACGGGCUGGGUUGGUUUGAUAACUAUAUGUCCGGACUUAAAAUCCAAAUAUCCACGUAUGGAUUACAGGAGUUUCCGGAGAAAGCCAGAAAUGGGAGCAGUAAUGAUUCAAUACUCAUAUGCCCGGAUAUGUCUCCCUCUGCUGAAGUCCCCACUUCAGUGGAGAAAGUGAAACCAGCUGAUGUGAAAGUUGUGGCUGCUUUGGGGGACUCACUGACGACAGCAAUUGCAGCCAAUGCUACAAAUGUACUGGAGACCCCAAAUGAAUACCGACAACUUUCCUGGAGCAUUGGGGGCUUUGGAAACAUCUUGGAUGUUACUACAUUACCAAAUAUUCUGAAACUUUUCAAUCCCAACAUUGUUGGAUUUGGAAAAAGGAAAACCGUGAGCUAUAGACCAGCCCCACUGGAGGAUACAGGCCUAAAUCUGGCUGUUACUGGAGCAAAUACAUUCGAAUUGCCAGAACAAACCCAGCACUUGAUUGACACUAUGAAAACGUAUCCGGGUGUCAAUUUUGAAGAAGAUUGGAAAGUAGUGACCAUCUUCAUUGGAUCUAAUGACAUAUGUGAUUACUGCAAAAAUAAGACUCUUUUCUCUGCAGACAACUUUAUCCACCACCUCACCAUAUCGCUGGACAUACUGCAGCAGCAACUACCAAGAGCCAUUAUAAAUAUUGUUCAGCUUUUACGUAUUGAGAAACUUCGCAGCGUUAAUGACGAGAGUUUGGGAUGUUUGCUUCAAAGGAGUUUUUGUUCCUGUGUGGUUGUGCCAAAUGAAAAUUCUACAGAGUUCCAAGAAAUAUUAGAUCAGAUGACCCAGUUUCAGGAAAAGCUAGAGCAGCUGUUUGUGAAUUCCACAAGAUUUAAUUCAAAGAAAGACUUUGCGGUGAUCCUUCAGCCUUUUCUAAAGAAUGUCAAACCACCUACAGACCAAAACGGGGUUGUCGACUAUUCCUACUUUACUCCUGAUUGUUUCCACCUUACAAUCAAAGGUCAUGAGCAAAUGGCCAGGGCACUGUGGAAUAACAUGCUCCAGCCACAAGGAGAUAAGUAUUACAUGAAAACUCUGUCUGAUCCAAUCCCGCUUCUUUGUCCUUCUAAGGAUCACCCGUACUUCUAUACUGGGUAUCAAACAAGAGAUAACGGCGCAUCCCCUCUUAAAGGGUCCCACCAUCUGACUGUUUUACUCUUAUUCACUGCACUGUUAGUAUACCUGUAGUAAUCCUUACCCUCAACUACCCUGAUGUUGUCACAUUUCCCAGACAUCUGUACAAUGAAAUGCAACUGCUUUAUGUCAUUGCUACUUUUAGGGGCACAUUUACUAUUGGUCGAAUAUCGAGGGUAAAUUAACCCUCGAUAUUCGAUUGUCGAGGUA